AGGGUGAAUGGAGCUCCCAUGAGCUUCAGCACGGAGCCACCUGCACCGGCCCAGGCCGGGGGAGAGCUGGACAUGGCUGGGUUCUGCGACAGCCUGGGUUCCUGCUCAGUCCCGCACGGCCUGACCCGGGCCAUCGCGCAUCCCCCGAGCUACGGCCGAACGGAUCUGAGCUCUGGCCGGCGCCUGUGGGUGAACUCGGCCGCGCUCAGCCCGGCGCCCUACGCGACGGGACCAGGGCCGGCUCCAUCCUACGCUGCAGCGACUCUCGCCGUCCCGGGUUCGCUUCUUGGCGCUUCAGGCGGUCUGGCAGGCGCUGAUCUCGCUUGGCUGAGCCUGUCCGGACAGCAGGAGCUGCUGAGGCUGGUACGGCCGCCCUACUCCUACUCAGCACUGAUCGCCAUGGCCAUCCAAAGCGCGCCGCUACGCAGGUUGACGCUCAGCCAGAUCUACCAGUAUGUGGCGGGCAACUUCCCCUUCUACAAGCGCAGCAAGGCGGGCUGGCAGAACUCCAUCCGCCACAACCUGUCGCUCAAUGAUUGCUUCAAGAAGGUGCCCCGAGAUGAGAACGAUCCAGGAAAAGGCAAUUAUUGGACGCUGGAUCCAAACUGUGAGAAGAUGUUUGACAAUGGGAACUUCCGAAGGAAGAGGAGACGGAGAGGAGAGACUAGCGAGGCCGCUGUGCCUGGAGCCAGCAGCCCAGAGGGAACUGCACUGGAGCCCCGUGGCUCCACUCCCCAGGACCCACAGACCUCACCAUCCCCGUCUGAGGCCACCACUACUUGCCUCUCGGGCUUCUCCACGGCCAUGGGAGCCCUGGCCGGCGGCUUUGGCGCCCUCCCUGAUGGUCUGGCCCAUGACUUUUCUUUGCGAAGGCCACCACCAACCGCGGCUGCCCACAGCCCUCAGAUUCCUAACACCGCGCCAGGCUUCGCUCCGGGCCAUCAGACAGGGGCUACAGGCUUUAGGAUGGGGCACCUCAUCUACAGCCGGGAUGGGACUGAAGUUUGAAGGAAAGCUAGAGACUGGCCAGGUGCUCUGUUCCAACAUUGAGCUAAGGUCCUGAAUCAGUCCUUCCUGGGAGCCCCACAGGUGCUGCAUAGGAAAUGGCGGGGCUCCUGUGUGGAUUGGCUGAGGCAGGUUGAGCUUGCUGUGUUCUCAUCAACCUGGGGAAUAUACCCUCUUCUUAAGCUGGUUCUCUGCCUAUAGAUCCAGCUCUGGGCUCUCUGACAGAGCGCCCCAGAGAGCCUUCUUAAAGGGGUAAUAGGUUCCUAAAGAAGCCUGUUGGUCUCCAGUCUCCAGAGAGAUGUCUGGCAGCUGGUGAGAGGAUGGGAGGAAACUGGGCUGCAAGAGCAUCCAGAGCGCCCUUCAGUGAUUGGCCCCAUCUCUGGCCCACCUGUUUCAGGGCAGCUAGGGAAUGGGAUGGGGGUGCAGCAUGAGGACAGGUGGCUGCCUUCCACCCUCAUGAGAUUGCACAUUGAGGGGACUCUCAUACUUAGGCAAGAGCUGUCUCAGCAGAGGGAGAUCCCCGAGGACACCAGCUCCCUCCCCUGUCACUGUGCUCCUGGCAUCAUCAGUGCUCCUGUUACAGAACCUCGCUGUCCCCAGACCACAGAGAGGCUGGCACUUAGGAAACCCUGGGCAGCUUUGGGUUUGCCUUACUUGACCGCUGCUCCCACCCCCUACCCCCACCAUCGCCAUCACCGCCCACACUCACUAAAGCUCACCUGAGGCAGGUGGGUGACCACACCUGUUUUUGGUUUCUCUCUACUCCUGCCUCCUCCCUUGCUGUGACUGCUCUCAGGCAGAAUCCUGAGAACUUCCUCCAGAAUUUAACUCUCCAGCCUUUCCAAGCCUGUUUAUAUUCAGUGACUGGCUUUUGGACCUCUGUGCUUUCAGGAGCUCCUUGAGGUCCCAGCUGUUAUAAGUCUUUGUGUCACCUGGCAUUUUCUGGGGACAUGGACACUGGCCAUGGACCCAUACUAUGCCAGGACAGAUGGGAGGAGUACUUUCCCUGGAAGAGAGCAGAGAGGGAAGUCUUAAGCCAGACCAGUCUUGCCCUUUAGUGAGCCCAGCCCCACUUGCACCAACAGGGCAAGUCUGCCUUGGACUAUCUCCAAUCUGCCUACUGGGAGAGCCAUGGUCCUCUGAACCUGCGGUGCUCAGGAUGCAGGAAUGGGGUCCUGCUCCCCAACCCUGCCUCCUGUUUGCUGCGUGUUGUUCCUACCUGGUGUGCUGUGGUUAACCAAGCUUACAGUCAACCCAUACUCUCUUUCCAAAUGUAAUGCGAUUUUUAAAAUUCAGGAAAAUAUAAAUUAUUUAAAAUAUAAAUAAAAAAGGUUUUUCGAUUUGGGGGCAUAUUUUAAUAGAAUAACACACUAAAAAGGAACAUCCCACUUUUUAUUCUAUCUUUGCAAGAAAAUUGGAAAGAAAGAAAUAACUAGCUACAACAAGAAGAAAUACAGUGUAACUUUCGUCAGGGCUUCCACAAAGUUGGAUACAUCCAGGUGUCUUGGCUGUGUGGCAGCUGCAUCAUGGAAAUUGUGUUUGUUUUCUACUUCUGAUGCUGGAUUUUCUAUUAAAAUUAAGAAAAGGAAAAUA